CUUCCUUGAAUCUCUUUGGAUUCAAAUUUAUGCCAAUGACCCUGGAUGCACCCUCAGCAGCCUGAGGCCAAGGUCCAUAGCUCACAGACUGAAGAUGGCGACUGUGGAACCCUGUUUUGGUUUCCUCACAUUCAAUGUGGAUCCGUGUCCUGAACAAUAGGUCUUUUGUGGAUUUUUCCAGUUUUGGUGACUGAGGUUAUGUGGAAAGCUUCAUUGAGAGG